AUGCAGCUGCGCGAGGAGCUCCGCGACGCGGUGUGCGUCUUCUACCUCGUGCUGCGCGCCCUCGACACGGUGGAGGACGACAUGAGCCUCGCGGUCGACUUGAAGCUGCGCGAGCUGCCGGUCUUCCACGAGCACCUGCGCGACCCCUCGUGGCGCAUGUGCGGCGUCGGCGCCGGCCGCGAGCGCGAGCUGCUGGAGCGCUUUCCGCACGUCACGCGCGUCUACGCCCGGCUCGGCAAGGCGUACCAGGACGUCAUCACCGACAUCUGCGCGCGUAUGGCCUCCGGCAUGUGUGAGUUCCUGACGCGCCGCGUCGAGUCGCGUGCGGACUACGACUUGUACUGCCACUACGUCGCCGGCCUCGUCGGCCACGGCCUCACGCGCCUGUACGUGUCGGGCGGCUUCGAGGACCCGAACCUCGCCGACGACCUGACGAACGCCAACCACAUGGGGCUGUUCCUGCAGAAGACGAACAUCAUCCGCGACUUCUACGAGGACAUAUGCGAGAGCCCGCCACGCAUCUUCUGGCCGCGCGAGAUAUGGGCGCAGUACACGGACGACCUGCACGCCUUCAAGGAGGAGGCGCACGAGGCGAAGGCGCUCGAGUGCCUUAACGCGAUGGUGGCCGACGCGCUGGUGCACGUGCCGCACGUCAUCGAGUACAUGGCCGCGCUGCGCGACCCGUCGGUGUUUGCCUUCUGCGCCAUCCCGCAGCUCAUGGCGAUGGCGACGCUUGCGCUGGUGUUCAACAACCGUAAUGUCUUCCACAGCAAGGUUAAGCUUACGAGGGGGUCCACGUGCAGCAUCAUUCUGUACUCGACGCAGCUGCAGUCGGCGAUGCAGACGAUGCGGACACAAGCGCAGAACCUUCUCGCGCGCACCGGCCCCGACGAUGUGUGCUACGACAAAAUCGCGGAACUCGUGGGCGAGGCGGUGCGGGCCGUCGAUGCGCACCUGCAGCCAGAGACCGACGGCGUGGCGCGCUCGAUGCUGACGCGGUACCCCGCGCUGGGCGGCCGCCUGCUGUACACGCUCAUUGACAACGUCGUUGGCUACCUUGGGAAGUAG